AAGAAUUUACCAAGGGCGUCCUCUUACAAGGCAAACGAGAAGUCGUUUGGAAAAAACUGGCCGAAUGGGCAGCGGGACGACUCGCCACCUGUCCCUGCUAUAUUGCUCGACCUCUGUACCGACAGACGCUCACAACGGCUCCGGGGCCGGAAAUCGAAGAAUUAUAUCCCAAAGAGUGCCGCCUUGACGAGUGGGAUCACAUGGCUUAUGCUUACAACCACGCCUGCACCGGUACAAGGAACUGUACCGCUCGGGCAUGAGGUGUGGGAUUGGAUUGCAAACCCUAUGGCAAAGGCCUGGAUCCGGCCGCCACGAAAAUCCUUUUACUCGAGAUUUCUAUCAUCCGCUGCCGAUAAUGAACAUAUCCGGGCACAGCGACAGUUAGUUCAAAAGUUACGAACGUCCGCUGUGCUCGAUGCUAUCGAGGAAGCUUUCAAACGAGACAUGUUGCCGUUACCAUUUGGCAAGAUGGUGAUCGCAACCCAAUCACGGGAGUCUACGGAACAGGUCGUCCGAGUGUUACGCAAACUUGGCUCGCGAGAGAGGGGCGGGGGAGAAUAUUCCGCCAACGAUUGCUACUACGUGGUUCACGAUUCGGAUGUGCGUGCAGGACAGGACACUCGGAGCCAACUCGGCGCCAUCUCGCAGUUCCAAGAGGAGUACGUGGUCCACGUCCUGAUCGGGCCCGCGGAAUUACUGUCAAGAGGCCACAAUCUGCAGUGCGCCGAUCGCUUAUACAUGGUCAAUCCAUCGUGAGUCCCGGAUUACCUUCUCUGCACGCAGCGGUAUAGUUUGCUCGACAACUCGCUCCCGCAGGUCCGACGCCGAAUGUCAAAAAUUGGCAAGCCAGAUGACGACGACCGCUCAACACAAGACGAUCCACCUUACUCGGUUUAC